AGGGUUUGUAUUAACAGGGCCCAAAUCGUGUCGCCCAUGCGAGGAGGAGAGGGCUCGACGGGGCGAAGCAAAACCCUCCGAUCGAAAACCCCCGCAGAAGCCGAAACGCAGUUACGCAGCCCUCUCCCCUGAGAUCUGCGGCGGCGCCACCGCCACCGCCACCGCGGUAGCGAUUUGCGGAGAAGCGGGCUUCGGGGAUGGGCGGUGGGCAGAAGCGCGGCCGCACGCAGCGGCGGCACUUCAAGCAGAGCCGCGAGAACGUGUGGAAGCUCAACCCCAAGAAGACCCGCCCCGACGCCGACGAACCCGACGCCGACGCCAAAGCCAACGCCAACCCCAAGUGGGAGCCCUUCGCCACCCAAAACCCCGGCUUCGACGAGUACUACAAGGAGCAAGGCAUUGUUCCUGAAGAUGAAUGGGAUGAUUUCAUUUCUUUGCUCCGAAAGCCUCUGCCUGCAGCAUUUAGAAUCAAUGCAAGUGGCCAAUUUUUUCAGGACAUUCGAUCACAGUUGGAAAAUGACUUCAUGAAAUCACUGCAGGCUGAGGUAACAGAUGAUUAUGAAGCGGAAGCUAUUAGACCAUUGUCAUGGUAUCCAGGGAACAUUGCAUGGCAUUUGAACUUUUCUCGUAUGCAACUUAGGAAGAACCAGGCACUUGAGAGGUUCCAUGAGUUUUUAAAGCAAGAGAAUGAGAUUGGGAACAUAACAAGGCAAGAGGCUGUCAGCAUGGUUCCUCCACUCUUCCUUGAUGUACUACCGGAUCACCACAUUCUUGACAUGUGUGCUGCUCCAGGAUCUAAAACUUUCCAGUUGCUUGAAAUUAUGCACCAAUCAAUAGGACCCGGAGUACUUCCCAAUGGGCUGGUGAUAGCUAAUGACGUCGAUGUUCAAAGAUGUAAUCUCCUCAUCCAUCAAACAAAGAGGAUGUCCACUGCCAACUUGAUAGUAACAAAUCAUGAAGCCCAACAUUUUCCCAGUUGUUCUUUGAAAAAGGGUCAAGGAGUUGCUUCUGAAGGGCAGGAGGAGCAUGGAAUACAUACAUUAGAGUUUGACCGUGUUUUAUGUGAUGUUCCUUGUAGUGGUGAUGGCACCCUGCGCAAGGCUCCUGAUAUCUGGAGAAAAUGGAAUGCAGGCAUGGGAAAUGGUCUUCAUCGUCUCCAAGUGGAGAUUGCUAUGCGUGGUUUAGCUUUGCUUAAAGUGGGUGGAAGGAUGGUCUACUCUACCUGUUCACUGAACCCAGUUGAAAAUGAAGCUGUUGUUGCUGAGGUUCUUCGAAGAAGUAGGGGAUCAGUUGAGCUUCUUGAUGUCUCCAAUGAGCUACCUGAAUUGGUGCGCAGGCCCGGUCUUAAUACAUGGAAGGUACGUGAUAGAGGAGUUUGGCUAACCUCUUAUAAGGAUGUUCCCCUCUAUAGGCGAAGUGUAAUAUUACCAAGCAUGUUUCCUUCUGGUCAAAGCUGCAAAGAAAACCAUACACUAUGCAAUGAUGUCCAAAAGGAUGUAAAAAUAGUUGGUAAUAACUUAGGGGAGGAAACUGUAGGAGUAGUAGUUAUAGAACAGGAUCAGACAAAUACGGAGCAUCAAAAUUCUUCUGAUGAUUUAAGCAGCAAUACCAUUCCAUUGGACACUGUCAAAGCUGCAGCUAUGGCCAAUGAAGUCUCCAAAAAAAGUAUACCUCCUGAGGAAUUGGAUAAGAAUUCCAUUGCAAUGGAAGUUUCAGGUUUUCCACUCCAUUAUUGCAUGAGAAUAGUUCCUCAUGAUCAAAACAGCGGAGCAUUUUUUAUUGCUGUUCUUCAAAAGAUGGCCCCUUUGCAUGUAGUUCCGGAGAAUCAUGCAAGUGAGCCAGCUAAAUUUAGUCAGGUAUCAGAAAAUACCAGUGAGAACCCCGAGGAUGAAAAUGAAGCAGAAGAAAGGAUAUCUGGACAAGUCUCAAUUCAAGCAGAAGAAAAUACUGACACGAAUGUUCUAGAGGAGCAACUGAAAUCAAAUUUAAGUACUAAAAAUGCUUGCUCUACAGCUAAUAACAAAGAGGAAGUGGUUAAGUGUGACGGUGGGAAGAGUGGUCACAUGGGGAUUAAGGAUGUAGAGAGGAAAGGCAAGUGGCGAGGGGUUGAUCCUGUUGUUUUUUUCACAGAUGAAAAAACCAUUAACAGCAUACUUUCUUUCUAUGGUAUCAAUGAUGCAUUUCCACUCUAUGGUCACCUUGUGACUCGAAAUAGUGAUGCUAAUCAUGUGAAGAGAAUAUACUACAUAUCAAAUUCGGUUCAGGAAGUCCUACAGCUGAAUGAUCAAGUUGGUCAGCGGCUUAAGAUUACUUCCCUUGGUUUGAAGAUUUUUGAGAGACAAACAUCAAAGGAUGGAUCAACAUGUGCAUUCCGGUUAUCAUCAGAAGGAUUACCGUUGCUACUUCCAUAUAUCAGCAAGCAGAUUUUGUUUGCAUCUUUAGCGGACUUUCAGCACCUUUUACAGUACAGGACGAUCAAAUUUCCAGAUUUUGUUGAUUCUAAAUUUGGCGAAGAAGCGUCAGACUUAGUUCCUGGUUGCUGUGUUGUAGUGCUACGUGAAGGAAAUCGGAGUACAGAUUCUACUGCAGUGGAUGCCUCUACAGUCGCCAUUGUUUGCUGGAAAGGCAAGACAAAUAUUAGUAUCAUGGUUUCCCCCUUGGACGGGAAGGAACUUCUCGAAAGACUCGCGUUUCGGUUCGGAAUUAAGAGCAUCUCACUAGAAGAGAAUAAAAAAUCAAACAUGGAAAUUGAGGGGGUAAGCAACUUGGAGGAUGUUGAACCUAUUGCGACCAUCGAGACAGAUAACCAAGAAAUCGAGCAUUAAGACUGAAAAGUAAGUGGUCGAAUAUUGACCCCCUUGGUUGCUGCUAUUUUUGGACAAGCAGCAGCAAUUAAUGGUCGACAAAGUUAUAUCAUGUAAAACCUCAACUGAUAUAUUGAAUUCUGCAUUAUGUAUUGUGUUAUUUGAGGGAGAUGUUUUGUUGUUGAUUUGGAAAUCUUCGUAUUCAUGGGGGCGCUACUUGGUGAAUUUGAUAGACUCUUGGGCCUGCAUCUGCAUGUUGGGUGCUGGUCUUAAGAGAGUUGCCUCACAAGAAAGAAAACUAACAUGGAAAAAAUCAAGUCAUUUACAGGAAAGAACAUUCAAUGUAUGUCUCCAGCUCCCUGCUUGGCUCCUUUAUAGGUGGGCAAAAAUAGGUAUGUAGUUUUUUGUUGCCGCAAUUCCUAUUUAUGUAUUGAUUUCGCUUCCUGGGUGAGAUUGUGCGAAUUUUGAUUGUUA